CGGUGCACAGCCUGACUCUCUUUCUCCGGUCCUUUGUAAAACAUCGUGUCUCCUCCUCGUUCUAGGGUCGUUCACCCUGAACACUAACGUGCUCGCGUUAUCCUUCGAAAUCCAUUGUUUUUCCAUUGCUGUGAUCUUCUUUCAUCGCAUUAUUCAUUCUGAUUGAAUUUCCAGCAAGUUUUCUGAUACUUCCUUCUACGCCGAGAAACGGAUGGAUAAAGUGGUGUGACCCUAAACGAAUCAAGAGGACAAUAUCUAGCAAGUUGAGAAAAGAAGAAAUUUCGUUGACAGAAAGGAUAGGAUUAAAUACAAAUGGCUACGCCACCAGAUUCACCGGGACCGGAAGAGGCCCUCUUCGACUUCGAGAGUGCAAGAACUAGACAACAGACUACGAGACCAGUUGCCCUUGAGGAAUUGCUCCGACAAACCAAGUUCUCUAGGCAAGAAAUACGCGUGAUGUAUCGUGGCUUUAAACAGGAAUGUCCAGAGGGUGUAGUGCAUGAAGAUUUAUUUAAGGAUAUCUAUGCAAAAUUUUUCCCCCAUGGCAAUUCUAGUCUUUAUGCUCAUUAUGUGUUUAAAGCAUUCGAUGUUAACUGCAAUGGUGCCAUGAAUUUUAGGGAUCUUCUUGUCAUUUUAUCGACUUUGUUACGAGGAAGUAUCUACGAGAAAUUACGAUGGAUCUUCAAGCUUUAUGAUAUAAACGGCGAUGGGUGCAUCACCAGGGGCGAGUUAUGGGAAGUAGUGAUUGCGGUACAUGAGCUUAUGGGUCGACGGCAUCACGCUGAAGAGGAAAGGAAAGCGAGGGAGCAAUUGGAUAGGGUGUUCAAGAAGUUUGAUCUAAACCAGGAUGGUAUAAUAACGAUCGAGGAAUUUAUGGAGAGCUGUUUAAGGGAUGACGUGACUACACGGUCGUUGGCAAAAUUUGAUUACGCGUUUUGAUCUCCGGAGAAGGAAGAGCCCCCGGUGAUGACCACAACAACGCCGCCAACGCCGCUCUCUACCACUACAACUACCUUUUCACAAUCCCAAUCGCCUUCACCACCGCCGCCGUCCUACUCUUUGCUGCCACCUAUUCCACCGCCUUUGCCUUCUCAACCACCUCCAGGUUAUACCAUUCAGGAUCAGGAGCUUUAUAUGCUCUUAGCAGCGCACUGGUGGAAUCAACCGGAGGCUCCACUCUUUUGCUAAGGGAUAAAAUAUGAUUCCCAAAUUCUACAGUAAAAAAAUUCCAAUUUCAAGAAAAAUAAAGAAUAUUAAAAAAAAAAGCAAAAAAAGACAAAAAUAAAAAAAAUCAAAUUCUUAAAAAUCUUGUAAGUUCAAGAAUUUAAUCAUGCUCGUAAUCAAUAGAUGAACGAGCUACAUGUAUUUCUUCUUGCAGAAGAAUUAUUUUAUGUCACGUAAAGUGAGUGUUAAACUAUAAUAUCCAAACUAUAAUGGGAAAAAUAUACUUCCUUUGAGAGAGGGGAGAUAAACGACUUGUCAAUUGUGGAAUUGAGAUUAAAAACUCGAAUCAAAAAUUAUAAUGAGAUAAAAAAAAAUAUUUCAAAUUAAAUUA